AUGCCGUCUGCGACAAUAGUCUAUACCAAAGCCCCACGUCCCACCACAGAGAAGCUGUACCGGCCCGCGUUUGCGUACUACGACUUGCAGUCGGAGGGGCCGGCCACGAACAGCUCAGGGAGCACGACGCCUAGUUCCACUCGUCGUAGCAGAGCAAGCUUAGAAGCCGAUGACGACUUCACCAUCGCGGGCACUGCCCUGACUCACGGCGUAGCGUUUGAGGUGGCAGCUGCGCCGUCGCGCUUCGGGUUCGAAUACGGACAGUACGCUCUACCACCCACGGACAAGCGCUACGGCCAGCAUGCGGGCAAGGUGGCAGUGAAUCACAUACUCAACAUGACUGGCCUCGAGACCCGCAGAACCUGCAGAACGCUUCGCAAGUCCAUCAAGGCUUCCAUUGACGCGGGCCUCUUCAUCAAGCCCUCGCCGAUACACUACGCCAAGAACGGGGACAUCGUCCACCGCAUUCUCGACUUCGCUGGGCACGAGACGCGCAUCACGUGCCGCCGCCUUUGUCGGCACAUCAAGCAGCGGCUGGACCCCGAGAUGGCGGCGUCGGUUGUUCUCACGAGCCUAGCCGUUGACGAGGAGCUCGGCCUCCAUAUCGCGGCGGUAGGGAAGCUACGCAUUCCAGGUCUCCCGCCGCAAAGCUACGACGCGUGGAACGCGUGGAGGCCUCGACGGGCGUACACGAACCCCGCGAUUCUGCGACACACGCGCACGCUCACGUUUGCAAGCAACCUUAGCGACAUCGUCAUAGGCAGCAAACCAGCCAGCAGCAUCAACAUCGGCCUCUUAGUCCCAUAUCUGAACGUGCACACUGUGCGCGACGCACACCCGGGCAGCAACUGGAACAAUCCCGUCCCAUGUACCAAGUACGUUACGCUCACGCUUCUCAACGGGCGUCACUACGUGGGUGUGCCUCACAUCCCGGACGGCGUGAUCGAGCGCGUGAUUAACAUUUCGUGUCCGCGCGACACGCAUCCUCGUUACCGCAGCGUACUAUACUCGCUCUGCCUCCCGUUCUCGAACAGUGUACGUCGCGUCGUCAUCAUCCUCCGCUUCCCGCCCAUCCUGACCGCCACCCAUUUCUACGACCUGGCGCUCGGCCCACCUCUUGGCGUCUUGAGCCGUAUCGCCGAGGAGAUCUUCCGGUCGCGCAACGUGCACUUCACCAUCGUGGGUGCUGAGGCCGCACCGCCCACCGUCCUCGGCAUUGAGGCGCGUGACCCCAUCCCGGCCAUCCAGCUGUAUUACGAGCUGUACCAGCGCAUGCUGCCGUUUAAUCACUCGUUCUUGCAGUACAUACACCUCAAGGAACGGGUCAAGUUCAUGUCGCUGGACAAUUACCGUGCGCAGGUCGGUGAGAAGUGCUUCGAGGAGGACUUUAUCCCCGGCCCUUAG